AUGAGGAACAAUACAUUAGAGCUAUACUCGGAACAUAUUGCCAGUGGCUGGGCGCGAUUACUUUUCUGGCAAACUUUCCCUCGCGAGCUUAUGGACAUGGACUGUAAUAUGCAAGCUCCCUGUCCCCAAGGUAGCAACGAGGCCUGUUCAGGUUUAACCGAUAUAAAGCAACGGCUUCAUCAGGACGGAUUUUUACAUUGGAACGACAAAUUUGCCGCCAGCAGUUUAAAGGUUUUGCAAGGAUUGCCCAACUUCCCCAUGGGACUCACAAUCCUGCGUUCGAUUUUGGCAAGCGCACAGCUACGAGACUUUUUACGAACGUGGUUUGCGCCACACGAAGGGCCGUACAUAAUAGGACAUUGCUAUUAUUAUACCGAUUCUGGAACAAAGGGACUUCCUCUUUCUCUCCGGCACAACCCUCGUCAAAGCGACCGUUGCUUGGGUUUACAUAUAUUAACUGCUGACACAACCGUUCGGUACUACGUCAAGUCUCAAGGAGAGAACGAGGCCCAGGCAGGUGUAUAUUGGUUCCACAGCAGCCCAGCAUCACUUGAAAAUUGUACAAAUGAAACACGGUCAAAUGGGUUUACAUUGUUCGACCCCAAGAUUAGACAUGAUGUGGAUAAUGGUAUAGCCCUCACCAUCGUCAUUGGGCUUCCUGAGAUGCUUGGGGGUUUGCGGAAGUUGAAAGUGGAAUGUCCACGUGCGAGGGAAAUUUUGGUGGCGAUGGAAAAUGAGAUCGGGAUUGGCUGGAAUUUGGAAACCUAG